UUCUAACUCCAUCUGCUAAACCCUAACUGGAGCCAAGACAAUAGUGCACUUCACCUCUUUUGGAUCUAGAGCCUAGAGACUUUGUCACCAGCGACAAUAUAUUUUUCCUCAUGGACUCGAGAUAAAGGUUUUGAGUGACUUUCCUUUGGUUUCCAAAUGAAAACUUUUUGGCUCUGAAAGGACCUAAACUAGUCCAUCAUGCAUUUGAGAACGGGACUGUUCCUCACCCUAUUUCUCUUUACCCUUGCAGCCCCACGAAUCAAAGACCUACAGGUCCAAGAUUUGUCUGGAAUCCGAGAUGUCAAAUACAGACACUUCCUAGAGAGUAUAAGACCAGUCAAACACACCACCGAUGUCAAAAUGAUAAAGGACCUGGACAGGCACCGGACGAAGAGGUCGACGUUCUUCACCACAGGGGUGAAAAUAUGUCCUCAAGAGAAGAUGAAGGAGGUCAUCUCCAGCCAUCGGGCCUACUACAAACUUAGAGUUUGUCAGGAAGCGAUAUGGGAGGCUUUCCGUAUCUUCUUGGACAGGGUUCCUAACUCCGAGGAGUACAAACACUGGACCUACGCCUGCCAGCAUGGCUCUCUCUGUCUGGACGAGGUGGCCAGGAACUUCAGCAGUACCCAGGAACACAUUGACAUGGUGGCCAGAAGAGUUGCUGAACAGGAGAAGAUCCAGAAAGAAAGCAGUGAAGUACCAAGAGCUGGAGGAACUGAGAUCGAGAAAUGCUCAAAAACUCCAUCAGAACUGUUUAGCAUUCCGAAUGAAGCAGGGGACAUAACAGAGAUUCCAAACAUUGUACCAGAGGAGGCGGUUAUUGAGGAGCAGAUAGUGGAGUUCUGUGUCACCAUAGCAGACCCUGGCUACAGUGAACUUCUUCUGAGAGACCCUGCAGCUCCCCAGUACCAUGACAUCACACGCGAUCUCCACGAUACGAUGGUUCACGUUUUUGACAAACUUCCUGGGUAUAAAGAUCUUCGUGUUUUGGGAUUUCGGUUGGUUGAAUUUAGAUCUGAUGGUGUGUCAGUCCGCUAUGCUGUGGUGUUUGAGACGAGUGGAGAAGACCAUGACAAAGAAUCUAGAACCACUCAAGAACCAGGCACAGGGACAGUUGUUUACACAAACGGGCACAGACUGAAGGAUCUGGUUUCCAAGGCCUUGAGCGAGGAGACGUCCCUGCCUGUUGACAUACAAACACUCAGUUUUGAACCUGAUCCCACUUUUUCUCUACGCGAGGAGUUGGAGUCGACCACCUUGGAGACCUUGCUAGAGGAGUUUGUCGGGCACACCGAAGGUUUCUUACCAACUGUUGCUGUCGGAGAGGACUAUCUUGAGGCUUUUACAGACACACCUGAGGAACUCACUGUUGUGCCUUUAAGUGACUCAGUUACUGUUCUUCUCACUGAGGCUACCACUGCCUCCCAUGCCAUUGAAGUAACCCCCAAUACUCCCCCAGAGGGACUUAGUGAGAGUCCUCCCUCAGUAGAAGUAGAGGAGCCUCCAGUGGCGGCUACAGAGGAGAUGCUUGAGGUAGAGGAGCCUCCAGUGGAUAUUACAGAGGAGACGAUUGAGGUAGAGGGGCCUCCAGUGGAUGUUACAGAGGAGACGAUUGAGGUAGAGGAGCCUCCAGUGGAUGUUACAGAGGAGAUGAUUGAGGUAGAGGAGCCUCCAAUGGAUGUUACAGAGGAGACGAUUGAGGUAGAGGAGCCUCCAGUGGAUGUUACAGAGGAAACGAUUGAGGUAGAGGGGCCUGCAGUGGAUGUUACAGAGGAGACGAUUGAGGUAGAGGAGCCUCCAGUGGAUGUUACAGAGGAGAUGAUUGAGGUAGAGGAGCCUCCAGUGGAUGUUACAGAGGAGACGAUUGAGGUAGAGGAGCCUCCAGUGGAUGUUACAGAGGAAACGAUUGAGGUAGAGGGGCCUGCAGUGGAUGUUACAGAGAAGACGAUUGCGGUCAAGGAGCCUCCAGUGGAUGUUACAGAGGAUACGUUUAAAGUAGAGGAGCCACCAGUGGAUGUUACAGAGGAGACGAUUGAGGUAGAGGAGCCUCCAGUGGAUGUUACAGAGGAGACGAUUGAGAUAGAGGGGCCUGCAGUGGAUGUUACAGAGAAGACGAUUGCGGUCAAGGAGCCUCCAGUGGAUGUUACAGAGGAGACGUUUGAGGUAGAGGAGCAUCCAGUGGAUGUUACAGAGGAGAUGAUUGAGGUAGAGGCUACAGAGGGGAUGCUUGACAUAGAGGAACCUACAGUGGAUGUUACAGAGGAUACGUUUAAAGUAGAGGAGCCGGCAGUGGAUGUUACAGAGGAGACGUUUAAAGUAGAGGAGCCGGCAGUGGAUGUUACAGAGGAGACGUUUGAGGUAGAGGAGCCUCCAGUGGAUGUUACAGAGGAGACGAUUGAGGUAGAGGAGCCGGCAGUGGAUGUUACAGAGGAGACGUUUGAGGUAGAGGAGCCUCCAGUGGAUGUUACAGAGGAGAUGAUUGAGGUAGAGGAGCCUCCAGUGGAUGUUACAGAGGAGACGAUUGAGGUAGAGCAGCCUCUAGUGGAUGCUACAGAGCAGACGGUUGAUAUAGAGGAGACUGUGGAUACGACAGAGGCCUACCUUUGGGUUAAGCCACCAUUUACAACUCUGGCGGCCAUUACUGAACAGCCUGCCACUAAGGAGACACUUGGUCUAGAGGAGACUGUAGAUGCGACAGAGGCCUACCUUUGGGUUUGGCCACCAGUUACAAGAACGGUCGUUACAGAACAGCCUACCACCGAAAUGAUUACUCUCUUUCCCCCUGAGGAAGAUGCUGAGGAGACCCUCCCAACUGUUGAACCUAAGGAAGAUGAAGGACCCACAACUACUGAGGCAGCUUUAGAGGAGCAACCAGAUGGAGACAAUCAAAUGAUCACCACUACAGCAUCUCUAGAUGUAGAACCUGCAUCCAUCCAAACAUUCACCACUACAGCAUCUCUAGAUGUAGAACCUGCAUCCAUCCAAACAUUCACCACUACAGCAUCUCUAGAUGUAGAACCUGCAUCCAUCCAAACAUUCACCACUACAGCAUCUCUAGAUGUAGAACCUGCAUCCAUCCAAACAUUCACCACUACAGCAUCUCUGGAUGUAGAACCUGCAUCCAUCCAAACAUUCACCACUACAGCAUCUCUAGAUGUAGAACCUGCAUCCAUCCAAACAUUCACCACUGCGACACAAUCACCAAACAUGGCUUUAUUUGAGGAUGAUGUCAACCAAGCAGAGCCUGAGGAAGUCCCCUCAGCAUAUAUUCCCCCCGGACCUUCAAAAGGAGGGGACACCCCCCAAGAAGAGGAACCACUUGAGAUGGACGUGGAUAUCUCUAAUGAUGACUCGGACAUGCAGGAGGAUGUAGAUGUAGAAAAGGUAGAGGACGGUACACAAGCCGCCGAUAAGCUGGACGAGUUUGGCAGUGGAUUGGAAGGUCCAUUUGAGUCCACUGCACCGCCAGCACUCACACACAUGAACACUCCUUUAAUGGCCAGUACUGGAAAAGCCAAAGAAAUGGUGGUGUUCUUUAGUUUGCGAGUCACUAACAUGAUGUUUUCAGAGGACCUGUUCAACAAAAGCUCUCCUGAGUACAGGUCAUUGGAGAAUACCUUUCUUCAGCUGCUUCUCCCAUAUCUGCAAUCUAAUUUGACAGGAUUUAAGCAAUUAGAAAUCCUCAACUUCAGGAAUGGUAGUGUUGUGGUAAACAGCAAGAUGAAGGUAGAAAAAGAUGUGCCACAUAACCUGACACAGGCCGUGCAUUGUGUGCUCGAAGACUUCUGCAACGCUGCAUCCAAACGACUAGACAUUGAGAUUGACAGUCGCUACCUGGACAUAGAACCUGCUGACCAAGCAGAUCCCUGCAAGUUCUUGGCGUGCAAUGAGUUCUCCCAAUGUGUGGUAAACAGUUGGACCGAGGAGGCUGAGUGUUUGUGCGACCCUGGCUAUAGCACUACGGACGGCCUGCCCUGCCAGAGCAUUUGUAACCUGGAGGAAGACUACUGCUUCAACGGGGGCCUUUGUGACAUCAUCCAGGGUCAUGGAGCCACCUGCAGAUGUCCUGUAGGGAAAUACUGGCACUAUCACGGAGAGCGCUGCAAUGAGCUGGUGUCGCUGCCUGUAGACCCAACCAUUUUCAUAGCCUGCCUGGUGGGAAGCCUCACCUUGGUUUGUGCCAUCAUAGGCAUCUUGGUAUUCAUAAACAAGAAAUGUUUCGGGACCCGAAAGACUGUGACUUUGGUAUCCCCAGACAGCUCUACACAACUAGACCCGACAAGCUAGUCUCUGAAAUGGUCGAUUUCCAUCACUGUAUACCACACAACGAGACGUGGCGGCCACCAAAUGAGUACCGAACCUGUUGCCUGUUAAGGGCAUCAGAUAACGAAUGCUUUGAGGUAACUGUUCUUUGAUGGCAAAUUUCUUGGCACCAAGAGUAUUGGUUGCUUUGAACUUGAGCGGUAUACUCAAAAUAUAUCUUGUCUCUUGGAAAUUCACAUCAUGGCAGUGGACUCAUCUAGUACUGGAAUUACUGCAUACAUUACAUGGAGAAGUGUACCUAGGAUUGGAUGCAUAUUGCCAGACGGCGUGUGGAUAUUAUAUGCUGGACUAGAAGGUUGUGUUAAGGUAUACCCAUCUAUUUAUACACGGAGUAAACCAAACAUUAGCAACACCUUCCUAAUAUUGAGUUGCACCCCCCCUUUUGCCCUCAGAACAGCCUCAA